AUGCAUAAUGUAACACCAUUUGAACUAAAUUAUUUGGGACUCGAUUCUGAAGAGUUUGCCAAACUAGAACUUUUUACUUCAGAACAACGUAUAAUUGCUUGGCUACUUAUUUUAAUAGAAUAUUUUGUUCAAUUUAUUAAUAUACCUUUUGGAAUAAUUAGUAUAAAACUUCUAUAUUGCACUAGUUUACUCCAUCGUAACCUCAAAUUUAUUUUAAUUACACAAAGCGGAUUAAUAAUAUUUGAAGCAUUAAUCAGGCUAUAUUUCGUUGGUCCAAUAAAAUAUUUUACGGGGGACAUUUUUUGGUUUCAGACAGAAUUUAGAUUUAUCCCAAUAAAAUUUCUUGUGCAACUUCCCAUAUUUUCUCGCAUGAUAUUUUGUCAUCUAAUUAUUGUUGAACGAAUUUGUGCCACAGUUUUUAUAAAAUGUUAUGAAACUAAGAACGGAAGAAUAUUUACAACCUCAUGGAUUUUUAUUUUUGUAGGGUUUUUUAAUUUUUCCGGAUAUUUUAUGUUAAAUAUUGAGUUAACUUUUUAUGAGUGGAGAAAUCAGAAACAAUUUUCAGUGUUUAUAAUCAGUCACUAA